AUGUAUUUUCAAACGUUUAUAGAGUUUGUUGGUCAUGUAGUGUACUGUUUCACUCGAAGUGUGGCGGAGCAUUAUGAUUUUGACGAGGCCGUAGAAAGCGCUCAUUUAUUUGAGUACGACCCCUUAACCGAUACAGGCUUGGAGUGGUACGGUCAUCCAAUUGACGGAGAAAUUAUUUACCAGGAAUAUAGCAACAAAAACGCAACAACUCUCGACUAUUUAAGCUCUGGUAGAACAGAUGCUAGAAUGUUAAACGCCAUUGCAACAGAAAGUGACGAAGGCUUGUAUCAUGAACCGCUUGAUGAUCAAGGGAUGGCUUGGAAAAGAUUGAGACCAUCGUUAUUGUGUUCACUUUGGAAAUCGUUUUAUUUUGGUUUCUUGAUAUCAAUUCUCGGUGCAAUCGCGGUUGGCACAGUUUCCAUUGUCGUAUACUACCUCAGUUAUCAAACAUUGCUUAAAUGUGAAAGUUACUCCAUAAAAUUUAUCCCGGAAAAACUGCAAUGGAUGCGAACCAUAUCAGAAGUCAUCAUUUGUUCCUUAUAUUUUUACUGGUUUUUUCUUAAUUGUCUUUUUUACUUCCGGCCUUUUCAAAUUUCUGGAAUGAAGCUUAAACUGUGUCUUUUAUGUCUGGCAUUUUAUACCCUGGAUGCGAUCUAUAGAAUUUGCUUUCAAGCGUUUGGAAUCACUCGUACAAAGUUGACCCCGAAGGAAAAAGUGCCGUUAAUAGUGUUAUUUUUUCUAUGUGUUUGUUUACAAGCUUGUGUUAUUGUUAAGCACUUUUGUGGAGGUCCUCGCAAGACACAGGUCAAGUUGCUUUUUAUUUUAACAACACCUGUUACGUUGUCCUACAUCACAGCUGUUUUAAUUUCGUAUUUCAUUUAUCCAGCAUUCAACAAAGAUGACAGAUCAGGCAAAAUGAUCAUCGCCAUAUUCACUCCGCUCAUCACAGUAGUUGUUAAAGGCAUCUCCCGCAUAUGCAUCCAGCGGUUGUCGCGUAUCAGUCAUCCGGGAACUUCAUUCGUGCUGUUAGUGCCGCUGUACCUCGGGUCAGCGGUGAUGUUGAGACUUUUACAACUGGAUCUUGGUCUGAAUCAGAAAUUCAAGUCCGUUGUGGUAAUUGGAGUUAUUCAUGGCAUCGCAGAGGUCAUCGAGCGCAGCACCAUGGUUUUCAUAGAUCAUAUUUGCCACCAGAUUUUUGAAAAGAGGAGGGUUCCGUGGGGAGGAUUUCGCACGCCUCGCCGCGAAAGACUGGCAGCGGAUAUUGCCAUUAUGAGCAUGCUCUAUGAAUCAAUUGCUAUAAUUUCUGUCAAUGGUUUUCUCUACUUUUAUGAGUAUUUUUACUCCAGUGACAACUCUCCACUCCAGCUUCUUCAGUCUUUUGCAAUAACCACGUCAGUCCCACUGGCCAUUGAGUGGUUUUUCACCAGCUUGUCCAUAAUGAUUGAAACUCGUUACCAAAACAUGCCGAUAAUAGCAGUUUGGCGGAAAGCGUGGAAAAGACACAUUCUGGUAGCGGUGAUAAACAGUGUACUGGUCACAAUUUGGGCUAGUACGUAUCUUUUCAUCGCCAUUAAAGAAACUCUAACUGAUCAUAAGCAUCGCAAUUGCGACAUGCCGUUUACAAAGCUGUGA